CUACCAAGAGUCUCCAGAAGUGUUCAUCUUGUUCGAUGAACACUUUUCGGCCAAAGGAACAGAGGAGUACUUUUCAAGUAUUGUCAAGAAGUGGAUUCCAUCGGAUGAAUAGGACUGCGGCCACAGGGCAUGGUACGCGUUCGACGGCGUGGCUCGAUAAUAAGGCUGCCUUUAAUAAUGCAAUGGGCACCUGUGAUAAGAUUUUCGUUUUUGUCCCCCAAUUGAGUAAAGUAAGGAUGACGGGAGAAGCAUAAGAUGGGGUCGUCAAUUUGAGUGCACUGUUCGGUUUCAAGCCAGUGCAGUGUGGAAGCCAAUUGCAAGCAAUUUUCAAGCCAGUGCAGUGUGCAGUAAGGAAAUUUCUCCAAUUGACAAGGCGGACCGAGGUUGGAUAUCAGGAUUGGAGCACACGCCAUGGAACAGAUUCUCCCGGACACGGAGAACGUUGUUUCAUUGCGAUAUGCUGACCUUCUGAAUAAGGACGCGGAUUUGUCUGUAGACCUGGAGAAUGGCCUCGGACCAGAAGGCAUGGGCAUCAUCUCCGUAGUAGACAUUCCUGGGUAUGGCGAAUUGCGAAAGAAGCUGCUUCCACUAGUAGAGAAGCUUGCACACCUUCCGGAAGAAAGUUUGAAGAAGCUGGUAGAUCCUGUUAGCGGCUACAAUUUCGGCUGGAGUCAUGGGGCAGAAAAAUUCAAUGGUCAGCCUGAUUUCAUGAAGGGAUCUUUCUAUGCCAAUAUUUGCUCCGAUAUCCCAAAUGCAGCAGACACAGAAAAUAUGAGAUACCCAUCCCAAUGCCGGAGCAAUAUCUGGCCAAGCGAGGAUCUUCCAGAACUUGAACGGGCCUUCAAGGAGAUGGGGUCACUGAUAAAGGAAGUGGGCUAUUUAUUGGCUUAUCAUUGCGACAAAUUCCAGACGUCUAAACAAGCUGGAAAGGUGGGAGUUUUGGAAAGCAUGUUACGCCGUUCGCAAGGGCACAAGGGCAGGCUAUUACACUACUACCCGGUCGAAUGUGGACAUGAGCAGAACAAUGCUGAAGCGCCCGUUUGGUGUGGAUGGCAUACCGAUUUUGGCUCACUGACAGGUCUAACAGCGGCUAUGUACACAAAAGAUGGUGUAGAAGUACCUUGCCCAGAUCCAGAGGCUGGCCUCUACAUCAAGACAAACCCCGGCCGAGUUGUCAAAGCAGUGUUUGAUGAAGAUAGUCUUGCUUACCAAAUAGGCGAGACAACAGAGUGGGUCUCAGGUGGUUUAUUUCAUGCUACGCCACAUUCUGUCCAGACCCCAAAGCGAAAUCACAAAGGAGUCGCGCGUAAUACCCUCGCCGUGUUUAUGCAACCCAGCUGGGGAGAAGUUUUGGACAUCCCAGGGGAGAUGAAGACGAAGAUCAAUCCUUCAUUGAGGCAUGACGGUCUCACUUUCGGGGAGUACUCCGAGGUCACUAUCCAGAACUAUCUUGUGUAUGGUGUCCAACCGAAUGCCAAUGCUAUCCAAAUAAAUGAUAAUAACGAUGGCGGUUCAACCUGAGAUGAGCGAAGCCUUAGUACUAAUUUCACGUCCUGCAUCAAAGUCGAUCUUGAUGAAGAUGACGUCCACGCAGACCUACAAGCACAUUACCCGUUAUCGUAAAAUCGCGAACAGAACAUGAACGCCCAUAUAAAUCCGUAGAAACGUACAGCACCUUGUGACCUGUAGACUAGACAUAAUCAAGCAAUUCUUAUAUUGCCCAAGUUGACCUCGCAGAGGCUUUGUUCCACAAUGUCAUGCCAUUCCCUGUUCACAACUUUCAUGCAGGCAAAACGCCGUAUAAUGCAAAUUAUGCAGACAACUCAC